AUGGCCUCCCACGGGCUGAGCAGGAGGCCGGUGGCUGCCAGGCUCUCCCACCUCCUAACGCAAAGGCCGCCUCAGUGUCGCAUCGCGGCCACGUUCCUGGUUCUGGGUUCCGUCUUACUGCUGCUCUGCGCCGCCUUCAGCCGCCGGUGGCCCUUUUACCCCAAGCGCCAAUCCGCCACCCUGACCGACGGCAUCUUCACCUUCCACCUCGACCUGGACGUCUACAAAUCCCUAUUCCCCCACUUGCAGCAUCACCAAUGCCAAGAGGUGAUUUCGGAAGACGCGCUGUGCCGGGGCCACUCCAGGACCCGGCUGCUGCUCCUGGCCAUCAACUCCCACCCGGCGUCAAGCGACCGGAGGGCCGCCCUGCGCCGCACCUGGGCCCGGCCGAGGGAGGUGGGAGGCUUCACGCUGCGGCCCGUCUUCCUGAUGGCCACGACCGCCAACGUCAAACACGCCAGGCUGGUGCGGCUGGAGAGCGCCGUGUUUGGGGACGUCCUGAUGUGGGGUUUCGUGGAGUCGCUUCACAACCGGUCCCUCAAGCAACGCUGUUUGCUCCAGUGGCUCCAGGGACGCUGCCGGCACGCGGCCUACGUCUUCAAAGGGGACGACAACCUCUUUGUGAACCUCAAGGCCCUGACGGGAUACCUCAGCAUCCUUCCCCGGGUGCCCCGAUUCAUCCACGGCAACGUUCGGUUCCACGCGGCUGUCGUGAGGGAAGGGGAGUACGGCGUGUCCCGCACCCUCUACCCGAUGCAGUGCUAUCCCGACUUUGCCUCCGGAGGGGCGCUGGUCGUGCCGGGGCCCUCCAUCCCGGCCCUCUACCGGGCCUCGUUGCGGCUCCCCGUCUUCCCCCUCGACGACGUGGAUUUGGGGUUCUUGGCUUUGGCGGCCAGGCUCCCUCAUCAGCACAACGGGCGCUUCCGAGUGUGGCGACCUGGCGAGGAUGAGCUUGCGGUAUACCAAGAGGCCCUGAGCGUCCACGGGGCCUCAGCGGAGAGGGUGGAGCACGUGUGGUGGCAGCUCUGGGGCCUCAGUGGAGGGACGGCCUGA